GAAGUGUGAGUGGAUAUCUCAUGCCGAAGUGCGUUUAAUUCAACUGCGUCUUUUAUGUGCAAAGUGAUUUAGAGGGUAGCAGGACUGGAACUGUCAAAGAUCACAUGCGUGGCUUUUAUUCCUCAUGUCAAACUGGGAUUUUUUUGUUUCCCCCUUGUUCGGAUUUAUUGCGGUAAACUAUAGAGCUAAAAAGAAUUGAGAUUAUACGCAUGUGAACUUUGAUGGAAGAAGGAUAUUUUCCAAGCCGUUAACUCUUUUAUUCCAUCUCCCUCUGUGAACUUUUGACUUUUUGAUUUUCAUAGAAAUGCUUCGCGAGAAUCUCUAGCUUUUCUUAAUACGUGCGUUGUGUCGUAAUUUACCAUAAGUGCAAAACACGCUUUUGCGCACCGGAGAAUCAAAGCUCUGCCGCGAAUCGGAUUCUCAUCUGCUGCCCUCUUGUGUUGUUUGGUCUCCCCAAAUACCUUACCAGUUCCUCGGCUCCCCUCGCGCUCCUCCUUCUCUUCAUUGUAUCCGCGGCAAAACGAAGGGGGUGCGCUGAAGUGCGAGCAGAAGGAGGGAGGGUUAAGUUGUGCCAUAGAAGCGCAGAGGUGUUAGUUCACAUCGAGAGAACCGGCAGAGACAGAGGGGGGAGAGAGUUUGGACCAUAUAUAGUUGCACUUAUGUCUUUUUUAUCGUUCGUUUUAACUUCCAUCCAUGUGGCGCUUAUGUCCAUUACGCACCGACAUCCACUUUCGUUGCGUUUUAUGAAGCGGAGUUUGAAAAGAACAUGUCAGACUCCGUUAGUGCCUCAGGUCGUCUAGGUGUUUUUUUACGCACAGCUGGUGUUUAAAACUGAACUGGGGCGAAAUUGAGGGGAUUCAGAGGCACUGGACUUUCUUUUUUAGUCAAGUUACUAAAGGAAGCAGCUCCUCCAAGUGGAUUACUAUUAUUUCCUAAAUGUUUCCCCAGAGGAGGCUCUUCGCGUUCCUAUUUCUUGGACGAGGAAGGAUGGAUGUGAGAAUGAACCAAGGACACCUACUUUUGGCAGUGACUCUCAUCGUCUGCAACUCACAGCUGCUGGUGGUCGCCAACUCAUGGUGGUCAUUAGCCAUGAACCCCAUCCAGAGACCGGAGAUGUACAUCAUUGGAGCACAGCCCCUGUGCAGCCAGCUGACGGGCCUGUCUCAGGGUCAGAGGAAGCUCUGCCAGCUCUAUCAGGACCAUAUGGUUUAUAUUGGAGAGGGGGCAAAGACGGGCAUCAAGGAGUGUCAGUAUCAGUUCAGGCAAAGGCGAUGGAACUGUAGCACGGUGGACAACACAUCCGUGUUCGGCCGCGUCAUGCAGAUAGGCAGCAGAGAAACAGCUUUUACUUACUCCAUCAGCGCAGCGGGUGUUGUGAAUGCAGUGAGUCGGGCGUGCCGUGAGGGUGAGCUUUCCACCUGCGGCUGCAGCCGAGCGGCUCGUCCCAAAGACCUCCCAAGAGACUGGCUAUGGGGCGGCUGCGGGGACAAUGUCAACUACGGCUACCGUUUCGCUCGAGAGUUUGUGGAUGCCCGCGAACGUGAGAAAAACUACCCACGUGGAUCUGCCGAACAUGCACGCACGCUUAUGAACCUACAGAACAAUGAAGCCGGGAGAAUGGCAGUGUACAACCUGGCCAACGUCGCAUGCAAGUGUCACGGAGUCUCCGGCUCGUGCAGCCUGAAAACCUGUUGGCUCCAGCUGGCCGACUUCCGCCGUGUGGGAGAGUUCCUGAAAGAGAAGUACGACAGCGCCGCUGCCAUGCGCAUCAGCCGUCGAGGCAAGCUAGAGCUGGUCAACAACCGAUUUAACCCCCCGACGAGCGAAGACCUGGUCUACAUCGACCCCAGCCCGGACUACUGCCUGCGUAAUGAGACCACCGGCUCUCUGGGCACCCAGGGCCGUCUGUGCAACAAGACCUCGGAGGGCAUGGACGGCUGUGAGCUUAUGUGCUGCGGUCGCGGUUACGACCAGUUCAAGACCUACAAACACGAGCGAUGCCACUGCAAGUUCCACUGGUGCUGCUACGUCAAGUGCAAGCGCUGCACGUCGCUCGUAGACCAGUUUGUGUGCAAGUAGCAACCUAGGGACGGGACAGGACAGACGCCCUGGAGAGGCACUGAGCAAUUAGCGGGAGAGGAACGGGAACCUUAACGGACCCAGAGGGGGAACUUAGAGAUAAUUAAAUGUAAAAUGAUAUAUUAAAUAGCAACAAAUUAAAGUAUAUAAAUAAGUGUACGUGUGCCAUUGAUAGUAAUUUAAUGACCUUUUCUGACUCAAGAAUCAAAAGUUGGACGUCAUUGAUGAAAAGGAGGCACCGGUGUGAUGUUUUCUGGCUCAAGCUGUUGUUCUCUCGAUGUUUGAAUUCAGAGAGGCAUGAACUGUUUGCUUGUUCUAAAAAGAAGAGCCUAAACUCUUUAGAAACUCUAGAAAUGGUAGAGAUGCAGAAAGAGGACGGAGAACAACGGCUCGUCGCCCAUCGCCUUUUCCAGACCUUCGGUCCGCCGGUGAUUCGCCUCCACAAACACACUCCACCUUGCCGAUAUCAGAGCUCUUAAGAACCUUGAGUCAGAUAAACUUGGAAUUAUCGGACAUUGUGUUCCAUGAUGUCAUAAAGAUCCUAUGACAAGAACAGAAUGCUGCCUGUUACCCGUCACACAAGCAUUUGUGCUAAGAAACCUGGAAAGACGUGUGAAAGAUGAAACCAGGAACGUUUUUACCUGAAUUGGAGCGACACGCACUCACAAAACUCCCUUUAUUCUUCCAAAAUCAUUUGAUUUGUAUCCUUCAUAUAGGCUUUCAAAAGUCUGUUAUGAACCAUUGAUACAUUUCAGGGGCUUCCAUACAUCAUAUCUUGGAAUUACAUCUAAUCUAGAGCAGAGAAUAUUGUGUUUGUUCUGUCACUGUCUUUGUCAUUGUUGGUUGAAACGGUUCAAAGCCUCACGGUAAUGAAUGUGUGUCUGGUCAAUGAAAAUAGGAAGAAAAAAAAUCAAGGCUACAUGAUAAGGACUGCAAAAACUAUUAUUGUAACCAAAUACUAGUGGUUCAGAUUAUAUUUUAUUAAUUGCUUCUCAUUUUAUACAUCAUAUGUAUUGUUCUGAUUAUUAUUUUUUGAUAAAGAAGCUUUUUACUGGGGAUUUAUAUGCUAGCAGAAAAGAUAUUACUGGCCAUUACAUGGAUCGGGCGAUCAUAGCCGAGCUCUCCUACUGUCAGGCCACAGAACAAGACAAUAAGAUCUUUUGUUCAUUCAUGAGUGUUUUGGAGGAAAAUUACACUUGUAAAUAACAGUCAGUCAGUCAUAUAUGCCAUUAACACUUUCAAUCUCUUUGACAUGUCACUCCACGGUUUGUUUGCUGCCCUGUGAUCAUAUGCUUGUUGUGUGUAUUCCCCCUCAUUCAAACCAGUAAUAUUAAAAAUAUGAAUAGUGAUUAUUA